AUGGAAAUCUGUGCCGUCUCUGAGCCUCGCUUCUCCACACUCUAUAAAACUCCCUCUAAUUCCAGUAUACACCUGUCCCCCACUACACCUGUCCAAUAUACACCUGUCUCCCACUACACCUGUCUUCCACUACACCUGUCCAAUAUACACCUGUCUCCCCACUACACCUGUCCAAUAUACACCUGUCCCCCACUACACCUGUCCAGCAUACACCUGUCUCCAACUACACCUGUCCAAUAUACACCUGUCUCCCAUUACACCUGUCCAAUAUACACCUGUCUCCCACUACACCUGUCCAAUAUACACCUGUCCCCCACUACACCUGUCCAAUAUACACCUGUCCCCACUACACCUGUCCAAUAUACACCUGUUCCCCACUACACCUGUCCAGCAUACACCUGUAUCCCUACACCUUUGCAAUAUACACCUGUCUUCCACUACACCUGUUCCCCCACUGCACCUUUCCAGCAUACACCUGUCCCCCAUCACACAUAUGUACCACAUCUGUCCACCACACCGCUCCUCUUACCACACCUACCCCUCCACUCCCCACCCCAGAGAGCCCAAUCCUUCUCGAGCCACUCCUCUCACGACGUGCCGCCAUCCAGGAAAACAGGUUUGGCCUCUGAUAAGGCCAUCCCAGCCCUCAUUUGGCGGGCGACCCUCGAUCUAGGCAAGGCAGUGAAGCUAUUAGAGCACCACGCCUACCCACCCAACCACUAA